CGAUUUUCCAAGCUACCUCUCCUACACCUUGGAAACAUCCAACACCCUCCUUGCUACAACCUCCCAAAAAUGUUCGGAGUCUUCAUCCCUACCCGCCCCAUCAUCACUGAGAUGGCGACCGUCUCGCCGAACCAGUUUGCCGUCUCCUUCCCGGCGUCACCACCUUUCCACAACGUCGGCGUGUUUCUCCACCCCAACAACCUCCUCCCGCCUGGCACGGCGGCCGGAGUCUACAUGCAACUGCCCGGGGAGCAAGGGUUCAAGUUUCUGGGCGCCAUCGGCAACGAGAAGCCCUCGGCCUUGUUCCGCGUGAAUCUGCCCGAGGCGAUCGCCAACAACCCUUCCGCCGGGCAGGUCAAUCUCGGCAUCUCCGUAGAGCCCGCGGAGAACAUCCAGGCGCAGAUGCUCCAGCUCCAGCAACAGUCGCCGACGGUGUCGAAUGCCACCGCCCUCGUCAAGAGACCGCCAGACACGCGGGUUCUGGCUCAGCGCAUCAUCAGGAACGCCUUCAACUUCCUGGCCAGCUUCGCGGGCAACACGGCCAACGGGAUCGAGGUCGUGCCCUUGAAGAGCUUCCAGGAUUGGUGGACCAAGUUCGAGAGACGGGUCCAGAAUGAUCCAGGGUUCCUGGAGAGGGAUGAGGUUUGAAGGACGAAGGCUCGGCAAACCCCGGCACUGCACCCGUUGACGUCUACAGAGUGAGGAAGGGUGCCGAUUGAGUUCGCCCAAUUUCAUUCCGGCUGCUCAAAUACAUGACUGUUAAAACUCAUGGCCGUCGGAGAUGGGGCAAUAUUUAUAUCUCUAAUUGAGAGCAGCUCUAUCAGCGCCAACACCACCCGUCUAUCGCUCAAAACGUUUCACAAACGGCAGAAAGCGGCAUCGCUUCACCACUGCAUCGACAUGAUCUCAUCCUUGCUCCAGUACUUGCGCAUAUUCUCCGCCCCCAACAUCCUCACCUCGUCAUCCAAAUGCGCCCACAACACCCCGCCAAAGGAGUCCAUGAUCUCCUUCAAUUCUGGCAACCGCAGCUCCUUCUCCCCACUCCGGCACGUGUCCAGAUACUGCUCCAACUUCUCCAGGCCGACGUGGAUCUGUUCAUGCUGGGUGAUUAAGUGAUCGUGCUCCCCAAAGGCCGGCAUGCGUUCGGCGAGUUCGGGAAAGACGUGCUGUUCUUCGAUUGUGUGGUGGAUUGUCAACGCGUGGCAGAGGUGGAGGCCUUGAGAAAUGAAGCUGCGGAGGGACAUGCCGGCAGGUCGAGAACCGGACGUGCAGGCUUUGUACAACAGGUUCCAGGUGUAGCGGAAAUGGUUGUGCUGGUGAUGAGCCAGGCAUUAGUGAGAUUCUCCCGAGAAGCACUCAGAGCGACACAGAAGUAUCUCUCGAUGAUAUCGAGGACGAGCGAUGGAUCAAAGCAAACAAGGUGCAAAAGACGGGGAAAAGGGAUCAAGCGUACAUAUGCAUCCAUCAUGGCCGCCAGCCGGUUAUACACGCGGAAGUCCUGGGCAGAGAGUUUCGGCAGCUCGGGCUCGGCGGCGGCGGAGUCGGCAUUGUUGCUUGGUGAGGGAGCUGUCUGAGGUGUGGCAUUCUGUUCCGGCAUGCAAGUUUCAGGGAGAGGGUCUGACGAAGCCAUGCUGCUCGGGAUGGAGGCGACGGCUCUCGUUUGACGAGUCCGUGGCUCUUCUCUGGGCGCCGACCUUGAUGUCGUCGAUGUUGAGAGGGCCGAGGAGUUCACGACGCUGAUGCUGGUGAUAGAUCCCGUCUGAUACAGCCUCACACCGGCAAUCCACGCGGGUAUCCUUGCCUUCACGGCUUGCAGAUUCGUCGCGGCGUUGACGCGCAGGAGAGCUGGAGGAUAGAGAGCGAUGGCAAUCGCUAGCAUCAAGAUACCAGUGCCGAGAAGUGGGAGCGGCGAUGCCCAACGUCUCAUGCGUCUUCUCUUGUGUUCGUAGCAAGAAGGGGCCAAAAGAGUAAACGGCUCUCUCCCUGUUAUUCUUGCGCAAGGAUAGAUAGAAAUCCGAUCGUCGCCCUUGGUGGGAUUCCUUAAUCCCGGCCUCGUCGGAAGAAACCAACCUUCUCCACCACUCCCCAGCACUGCGUAUUUUCGAUCCCUUUUCAGCUCAGAGCAAGCCGGUGUAGUAUUAUAU